UGUGACUGUGCCGCUCGAGCAAGCCAUCUUGAACCUUAGCAAACGCACACCCAAAGCACAUGCCAUGAGCCGGGUUUGAGCCUGCGAAACUUGGGGGGGGGGGGAGAAAAAAAACACUCACAACUGCGAGAGAAAUCCGAUGAGAGGAACGGCUCUGAGCGAGUGAGCUGUCGUAUAUUGUCCAAAGGGGCAGCGUUUCUCCUAGUUCCGGUUUGUCUGCCUGUGCGCGCUCUUGCGAGUUGGGACCCUAAACAAAAGGCUGCCAUCAUCCUAAAGGAGAUAUUCUACAGCGGGAGAGCCCAUCUGCUUGAUGCUAACCAAACAUGAGCUCCUAUUUUGUUAACCCUCUUUUUUCCAAGUACAAAGGCAGCGAGUCACUGGAGCCAACUUACUACGACUGCAGAUUUCCACAAAGCGUCGCCCGCAGCCACACGCUGGUUUACGGACCCGGAGCAGCCGCACCGGGCUUUCAGCACCCGUCCCAUCAUGUGCAGGACUUUUUCCACCAUGGGACCACGGGGAUCUCCAACCCCGGAUACCAGCAGAACCCCUGCGCUUUGGCUUGCCACGGAGACGCUACGAAAUUUUAUGGAUAUGAAGCCCUUCCGAGGCAAACACUUUAUGGUACCCAGCAAGACGCAAGCCUAGCGCAAUACCCAGACUGUAAAUCGUCGAGCAGCUCUAACCCCGGAGACGGACAAGGCCACUUAAAUCAAAACUCCUCUCCCAGUCUUAUGUUUCCUUGGAUGAGACCCCACGCCCCAGGAAGACGGAAUGGGAGGCAAACCUACAGUCGUUACCAAACUCUUGAACUGGAGAAGGAGUUUCUCUUCAACCCUUACCUGACCCGCAAGAGAAGGAUCGAGGUGUCUCACGCCCUGAGCCUCACCGAGCGCCAGGUGAAGAUUUGGUUUCAGAACAGGAGGAUGAAAUGGAAAAAAGAGAACAACAAAGACAAGUUUCCGGGUCAGAGAGGAGAGGCUGAAGCCGAGGCCGAGGCCGAGGAUGAAGGAAACGAGGACGGUGACGGGGAAGAAGCAGAAGAGAAAGAAGCGGAAGAGAAAGAAGAGACCAAGGAGUGAUUUUAUGGUCCUUUUUAUGGUUAUAUGGCUGAAAAAAAAGAGGAAAAAAGAAAGGUCCCAUAAACAGAGGAAGAGUCACACUGAGGCAGAGAGCGUCAACUUUAUGACCAUCCUUUAAUUUUGUCAAGAGGGAACAGUAAUCUCUCUCAUAUCACCAAUAGACAAAACCCCCCGUAUCCCCGUUAUCCUAACAUGAUUGGCAUUUGUAUUUUUCUGUAGAGGCUACACACGCGUAACACACUUUCUUUGAUAGAACAGUAGCCCUUGCAAUAAAAACUAAAAACGCAUGUUAGAAGGAAAUGGCAUAGCUAUGUUUUACAAAUUUGCUUUUUAUAAUAUCUGUAUCAAAAGCAUAGCCAAAAAGAUCAAAAACACGUCCAUCGUUGACUUGUAUUGUAAAUAGAUUAUAUAGGUUUAAAAUAAAAUGGGCGUCAUUUCCGAGUGUAGGCCUAUUGCGUAGUAGUAAGUGUUCAAACAUCAUCGCUGCAGUUACAUUGGCUAACGGCCUGUGUAUAAACCACAAGUUUUAUUAUUAUAAUUGUUACUGUUAUACUGUUUUACUCGUUUUCGUGUGAAUGGCCUAGACUAAGAUAGCCAUUAGCUCCUCAGACAUCUUUUUCUAGGAUUACCAGGGAAAUGCAAUCGUUUGAAAUCCUUUGAUGCUACCUAAACCUGGGGAAAUUGCAAUAGAGAUUUCUGAAUAUAGAGAUUUCAUAUGGUUUUAAUUUCAAAAGUGUUCUAUAUCAACCUUAUAUUAUUAAGUUAUGUAUGUAGCAUUUACCCAAUAUACAAUAUACACUUGUGGAAGACAAUUUGUGAGUCUUGGGAAGACAAUUAGCUCGAAGCCAAGCAAACAUUUUUGAGAUUGUACCACGGCACUACCUAAACUCAGAGCCUUGCCUUUGCUGAAUUUAUAUUCCUCACUUGUGGCAUCGCUCUGGUUCGAUUGCAAGCUAUUUCCCCAACAACUAAAACUGCCUAUAACGCACAUUUUCUGUGUAUGAUAUUACCUGCUACAAUUACAAGAAUUUUAAAGUAAGGGAAUUUUUAUUUUAAUGUGCUUGUGACAUAGCGUAGUUGUUUUGCACUGAAUAUAAUCUUUAUGUACGUCUUGUUAUAAAUUGAUGUUAACAAUAUGCUCGUUUCCUGGUGAUUCUCCUGUGAAAGACGGAGUUGUGUGUGCCCGCCAUUGUUGAUGUAAAAUCACAAAUAAACAAGAUGGCUCACCAUCA